AGAAAUUGAGUUCAUAUUACUUAAAUGUUUCUAAUUUAUUGAAAUUACUUGUUAAUUCUGAGUAAGCUAAACUUUUUCAUGUCAUUUCUUAUUGUACUUGUGUUUUUAAGUCCAAUCAGUAGUUUCUACUCAAACUAAUUGUUUUUGUAUUACUUAAACAUGUGUCAUUUCUUUACAUUACUUAAGAAUUCUGAGUAAACUGUACUUUUUAAUGGCCUAUCUUAUUGUAAUUAUGUGAUUGAGCUCAAACAAUUCAAUAUCAUCAAGUUUUGCCUGUUACUAACAAGACUGGCUGCAGCCUGGCGCUUCCCGUCUCAUGCCGAGACGUGUCCAACGGUUCAAAGGGUCAAAAACAAAAUAUGAAAUCACAAAUUAUUUUCCAUGGAGUCACGGGUAAAUUUGUGAUUUCUGGAUUUUAUUGUUGUGUCCCUGAUGUUAACAUAAAAUUGAUGAAAACUUGAAGAGGUGCUGUACAAUAUUGUAAUGAUUGGAAGUAAAGAGGAAGAUAUAUUUUUCUUUUCAUCACAGCAAAUUACCCAGUGUUGAAAUCCUAGUGUUGGGGACUUUUAGAGUAAAGUGUUAAAGUUGUGGUGUUGAAUUUUAGCUAGUGUAAACAGCCUCCUCUGGCCGAUGUAAAUAAUCAGAGUUACCUUUGAGUGUUAAUAGUCACAUCCGGGACAUUUACUCGUGUGCACGCGCCUGACCCAUCUGAAAUACUUUUCACAGACGCCAUUUUCUUUGCUCACGACGCGGCUCGUAUGAGGACGGAAUAUGGCGAAAUAAAGUGUAUAACCUUACUCAUAAAAUGGGGUUUGUAAUAUCAUAUUGUUUUAUAAUGACAUUUAUUUGCUGUGUGCACAUAAACUUUUCUCAAGGACAUUUCCUUUCACUCACGAUGUGGAACAGACAAGGACGUCUUUUAUUUUCUAUAUGGGAAAUCUAAAAAAAGCACUUUUGUGAUGCUGCAAGUGGGAGUGGAUUUCUUGCUUAGAUGGAAACUGCAGAGAACCACAUCCUGUCGUCCUGAAAAAAAGAAAGAGACUACUUUCUCCAUUGGCACAGACUUUGUUCAGUGAUCAGUAACAUACAUUCAGCCAGGGCUGUCCUUAGGGGGUGCAACUGAUGCGGUCGCACCGGACUCCACACUUGAGGGGAAAACGGACUGAAUGAGCCCCACCCCCCCGGAACGCUUCCUACUUCGCACCGGGUCCCAAAUCAGCUAAGGCCUGGGCUGUCUGUAUCCAGAAGGCCGGAGCAUCUCCCUGAUCUCCUUGCAGUUAAAGUGGCAUCUCCCUAAAAUUGUCAAGACGACAGGCACCAAUGUAGUAACCACACAAAUACAUAAAUAGUGCAUAACACAAAAAAAUGAAAAUAUUACAAAGAACUCAAGUCAAAAACAUGUCACGUCGCACAUGUCUGAAGUGCAUGUCACACCACUGGAAAGCCUUAAUCAUCAUAUCUGAUUCCAUUGAUGCAAGCAUAAGUUCUCAUUAGGUGUGCGAUCAUACCUGGUUACGCGUCCGUACAGCAUGUCUGUCCUCCUGUGGUCCAGCAUCUCAGCGUACACAUGCCAGAAGCGUAUGUUAAACCGCUGGAAAACAAAAACAAGUCUGUGACCUCUGCUUCUUAUAGAGAUGCAAGAAAUUAUUUUACGAUCUAAAUCUGUAAAACAAAAACAUGGCUUUGACAUUUUAUAGAGAUACAAAAAAAAAGAAAUUGAAUAUUUUAAGAUGUAAAUCAGUGAUCUCUCCUCCUCGUGGCUCAUCUGGGACUGCGCCAAGUAAACUUAAUAGAAAGCCAAGAGCGUAAAUAUCUGUGUUAGAAGAAUCAUUGUACAAGACAUGAUUAAUCUCAGGUUUAAGGUUUCCAUGUCAAAUCACUAGAAAACAAAAACAAGUCUGUGACUUCUGCUUCUUAUAGAGAUGCAAGAAAGGAGUUUAAGAUCUAAAUAUGUAUUGAUUAAUGGUUAUUAUUACCCACUGUAGCCGUAGUCAUCAUAUCUGAUGUACGUACAAGUGGAAUUGCUUUAAACACACAGGCUUGUGUUUUCUUUCUGCUGUUUGGCUGGCUGUGCUGAUACACAGAGACACGGAAGACAGUUUAAGCAUCUCACAAACAAUCUUUGAUGAAUGUUUUAAUUUGAUGAAUUAAAACAUUUUUUUUUUUACCUUAAACAUGACUGAAGCAUGGAUCAUCAAUGACUGGAGAGAUUCAACAUUCCCAGGCUGUUACCCAGAUGAAGGAGUUGGCUAGGAUCAUGAAACAUUUAGUGCCCCUAGAGAGUGAGAUCACCCAGGAGAUCAUUAGGUACAAUGUGGACCCCAACCUGGCCAAGUAUGAAGAUGGAGAUGACAUUGUGAAGUGGUGGGCCCAUGUCAUGAGUUUGGGGAAGUAUCCAGCUCUCAGCCAGGUUAUCAGACGGGCCCUCUCCAUCUUCCAUGGACCACUGGUAGAGUCCUCCUUUAGUCUCAUGGGAGAUGUGAUUGAUGCUAAAAGAUCUAGCAUGAAGAUCUCCACCUUUGAUGCAGUGCAGACUGUCAAAUAUGUGCUGAGGUCAAGGGGCAAGACUGGCAUUAGCAUGUUCAAAAGAGCUGACAUUGAUAAAACUCUCUGCCAGAACAUUAGGGUUGCAGGGAGAAGGGACAAGACCGACAGAGAGAAGAGGAUGGAGGCAAAGCAGAAGAGGCAGGUGGAGUAUGGCUGCAGUGCUACAUGUGAAAGUGCAGAGAAGGCCAUGACCACUGCUCUGGCCGAAGAGAGGCAGACACGUCUCAAACAUGUUGAUAAGAAAAUUAAUGCAGCCAGACGCAAGGCCCUGGAUACGUUGCAGGAGGUGGCCAGGAAGAAGAGGAAGUUGGAGUAAAGCAAGAAGAUAGUUCAAUGAGAGUUUAUGUUUCGGAAUAAAAAAUGAAAUCGAUUAUUACAAAUUAGCGUCUGUGUAUUUAGAU